CAAAAAAGUUUCAAAAUUUUCUAAACCCUUUAUCCUAAAAACUUCACCAAUGAUUAUAAACAUAAUCUAUUUUCUAUCAUGUGCUCUGUUUCCCCUGUUUGUUCUGUUCUCAUUCAAUUUCUUGAGGCAUAAGCAACAAAGUAACAAACACAAAACAAAGCUUCCACCAGGUGAUAUGGGGUUUCCAUUCAUAGGAGAGACAAUGGAAUUCUUCAAUGCUCAAAGGAGAAACAAAUUGUAUGAAGAAUUUGUUCAUCCUCGAAUCACGAAACACGGAAAAAUCUUCAAAACAAGGAUCAUAGGUUCACCAACUGUGAUUGUAAAUGGAGCUGAAGCAAAUAAAUUUCUUCUAUCCAAUGAAUUCAAGUUGGUAAAAAGUUCUUGGCCUUCUUCCUCAGUUCAUCUCAUGGGAAAAGACUCUAUCAUGGAGAAAGAUGGCGAAAGACACCGUUUUCUUCGCGGUGUUAUCGGCACUAGUCUUGGCUAUGCAGGACUUGAAACAUUAGUUCCAAAACUAUGCAACUUUGUAAAAUUAUAUUUAUCUCAAAACUGGCAUGGCCAAGAAGAGAUUAGUCUCUAUCGUUCGACGAAAGUUCUUACAUUUAGCAUAGUUUUCGAGUGCUUGUUAGGUAUCAAAGUUGAACCAGGUAUGAUAGAUACAUUUGAAAGAGUUUUGGAAGGAGUUUUCUCUCCAGCAAUUAAGUUUCCAGGUUCUAAAUUUUCGAGAGCAAUGAAAGCUAGAAAGGAGAUUGAAAAGAUGAUAGUGAAAGUGGUGAGAGAGAAGAGAAAAGAAAUUGAAGAAGGAAGGGUGAAAAGAGAGGAAGAUACAAUGCUAAUGUCUAAAUUGGUAUAUGGCAUGAUCCAAGAAGAGAUUACUGAAAAAGAGAUUAUAGAUAAUGUGGUUUUGCUAGUUUUUGCAGCUCAUGAUACUACUUCUUUUGCUGUUGCUAUGACAUUCAAGAUGCUUGCUCAACAUCCUGAUUGCUAUGGUAAAGUUCUACAAGAACAUAUUAAUAUAAUGAGAAACAAAGGAAGGGGUGAGAGUCUCAAUGUAGAGGAUAUAAAGAAGAUGAAGUAUACAUGGCAAGUUGCUAGAGAAAGCAUGAGAUUGUUCCCUCCAAUAUUUGGUUCUUUCAGGAAGGCAAUUACUGAUAUUGAAUAUGAAGGGUUCACAAUACCUAAAGGAUGGAAGGUGCUAUGGACAACAUAUGGGACACAUUACAAUGAAAAAUAUUUUAAGGAUCCUUUAACUUUCAAUCCAAGUAGAUUUGAGGAAGGAAUGCCACAAUAUGCAUUUGUUCCCUUUGGAGGAGGGCCAAGAUUGUGUGCAGGGUACCAAUUAGCUAAGCUAAAUAUCCUAAUCCUUGUGCAUUAUGUUGUCACACAAUAUGAUUGGUCCUUACUCCAUCUUGAUGAAACAGUAACAAUGGAUCCUCUACCAUUUCCUUCUCUUGGAAUGCCUAUUAGAAUUUCACCUAAGCAUAUAUGAUU